AUGUCGUGUCUGUCCAAAGCUCUUUCGGCGCCUCCGAGAGCCACCCCGCUGCCAGGCCUCCCAUGGGCUGCCUGCGGGGACCCCCGGCGCUCUGGGGAUGGGGACGGAUCCAGCCUGGACCCCACCAUGAGCAGCGACACGAGGUCCGGGUUUGCAGAGCUGCCCGCGGAGCCCCGAAACGAGGGGCUGCGUUCCCAAGCAGGGCCCACGCGACCGGCCACGCUGCCGGGAUCUACCCCGGCCCCCGCCGUGCACGCAGGCCCCGGAGGAACCGCCUGCGAGCAGGGGCCGGGCGCGGCCGCGCUGCCUGAGGACAUCAUCUGUAAAGUGCACUUGAAGAGCUUCGUGGAGCAGCAGGGCUUGGUGGGCUAUGACCCCAACCUAGACGUCCUCCUCGUGACGGAGGGGAAGCUGCGGUCCCUGGCUGAGCUGCAGCAAGCCGUUCUGCAGUGCGCGGCCGGCGGCCAGGGGAGCUGCUGCAGCAUCGUGCACGUGGUGAGCUGCGAGGAAGAAUUCCAGCAGCAGCAGCUGGAUCUGCUCUGGAGGAUUUUGGAUCCAGGAGCCCACACAGCUUUGCAGAAAUACCUUGUCUGUGGGCCAGUGAAGGUGACAAACCCCUCAUCGCCCAUCGGGGCAGACCAGUACUUCCAGCUCCGAAAGCGCCAGAUGUACGAAGCCUCCGUGAUGAAGUACGGGGAGCUUGCGCAAGAUGAGGCCUGGACUGAGGUGAUCGAUACCCUCACGGUGGCUGCCAUCAGGUUUGAGAUGCUGAGCACUGCUCACCGGAGUCAGAUCACGCUGGACCUGGACAACAGCAGCAUCUCCACGAAGGGAACCAAGAGCGGCGCCUUCGUGAUGUACAACUGUGCCCGGCUGGCCACGCUCUUCGACACCUACCAGCGGGCUGUGGAGCGGGGCACGUACCCACCUCUGCCACCAGCAUCAGAACUGAACUUCUCCUGCCUCCGGGAAGAGGGCGAAUGGCUCCUGCUGUUCAACUAUCUCCUGCCCUUCCCUGAAGUCCUGCAGCAGGCAGCAGAGCUGCCUGCACCCACCAAGGGGAUCCGGAUCACAGCCAACACGGAGACAGUGUGCAAGUUCCUGAUCCAGCUCAGCAUGGAUUUCAGCUCCUACUACAACCGGGUCCACGUCCUGGGGGAGCCGUUCCCUCACCUCUUUGACCAGAUGUUUGCCCGCCUCCGGCUGCUGGGAGCGGUGAGGGAUGUGUUCCACAGCGCCCUGGCAACUCUGCACCUCCCUCCUCUCAGCCAGAUCUGAGCCACCGCCGAAGAGCUGCGCCACGGUGCGACAGGCGCCAGGACAAUGCACCACGAGGGGAAGGACGGGGCGCGUCCUCCCUGGAGGGCGGUC